AUGCAUCUAACGACUAACAGCAAUAACAGUUCAUCUGGCAUGGUCAACUCACGUGCCUUGCUAAAAUCGUUCCUCUAUGGCUUUCAUACUACAUCCACCAGCUUUUAUUCACCACUCAAGCUGCCAUCUUUAAAUUCCGGAGUUCUUUGCCGCGUUAUUGAGACAUUGCCCUCCUUUUUGACCGAAGCUUGUCGACUUCAUAUCAACUCUACAUUACUUCCUCUGAAUCAAGAGACCGGAGGUUUUUAUUCUGGUCUUAUCGGCCAGCCUACUCCACCGAUUCCCCUUAAUUUAGUCUCUUCAUCGCAGACACAACAUCAUCCAGAAUUUGUCCCCAAGGUUGUACAACAAAUAAAGGCACACCAAGUCCCACUUGGACCAUUGGCUAUCAUGUCUGGGCCUCCCAACUCAUUACCAUCUCUUUUCACUGGUUUUUCCGUCGCCAGCAGGCUGGUAUCUGAAUCUUCCUUUCCUCUCUCUCCCAUUUCUGCCGACAGCAGCCAUUGCUUAUUUCGCCCACCUAUCGUUUCAACUUCUGCUGUGAAAACCUCCCUUGUUGCCACCGCAAGGCGGAAUGAUGAUUUAAAACAAACCAUUAGUCUUUCAGCUACAGACAUAGAUAGCGACCUUGAGCUAACGGGGGAAGAGGAUGGUUUUGAGUUCGACGACGAGGCUCAACUGGACGACAUUUACGCUUACUCUGACUCUCUUCUCCGACCUCCAAAAAGACAAGCUUUAGGGACUAAAGGGUAUUUUUCUUGUAGAUCGCCACUUACUUUGACCUCAGAGAACAACACGAAGGAUCCAAAUUUGGACUUCCUGGACGAGACCCAGUUCAGUCAACUUUUUGCUCGAGUGGACUUUCUCUUGGGAACCAGACAGACACCUUUUAGGGAUGCCGUCUCAUCAUCAUCAUCUAUUGCCUCUACUCUACUUCCUGUCUCUCAUUCAUCGCAAGCUAUUCACCAACAGACACUCUCGCCUCAAGUCAGCACUAAGUCUCAAUCUAGGUCAUCUCCCCCUCCGUAUCACUCUAUUGAGCAAGCCAUGUCAUCCUUCCCUGUUGCUCCUGCUCUGGCGUCUAAUUCGGUUGAGGACUUUCGAUUUUUCUCCAGCCUUACGCGCUUGACUUCUAGUCUAAGCACUGAUUUAAAUAAUCUUGAGUCGAGUAUGGAUACACUUUAUUAUAAGCUUCAAGCUAAUCGGAUCGAGUUAAGUAAAGCACAAGAGCGUCUUGGCUACGUAUGGGGUCUGCGUGAUGAAUUAGAUAAUAGUUCAGGCGUCAAUUCUCCUGUGGAUGAGGACUCUUCUACUGGCUCUCAUUCCUCUUCCUUACCUCUGAUCGACCAUCCAGGAUCUGUUCUUUCCCUAACAUCCACCUGCAUAUCUUCUGAAUCAACGCCCAUCUCAUCUGAUGAAGCUGCGGACUCACUAAGUGGAACAUUUAUCCAACAACGUCGGUUGUCUCCUCUUGGCCGCUCCAUGACAGCUGAAGAAGAUCGAUUCUGUGCUUCUUUCUCCAAAUGUUGUGGUCUUAGCUUAGAACCCAGCUUGAGAAGGCCCGUAUGUCACGAGGCGAGGCAUCAGCUGAAUCCUCUAAUAGACCCCACUUCAGCUUCUUUUAUGGACAAAGGACAGGUGGAUAUCUUAUGCUUCUGUGGUCUUAGUUGCAGAAAUUCUGGGUGCAGCCAAAAGAAGGUGGACGAAUAUAUGCCAGACGAAUUAAUUAGCAGCUUUGAUCAUAUUAAAGAUAAUGUUGAAAACGACUUGAGUGUAGAUCGGCCGUAUCCUGUAAGUAAACCGUAUUUCUCUAUAUAA